GGUUUCCAAAUGUAUUUGCACAACAUUGUUAGAGUCACAUGGCCAACAGCCAGUAUAUAAAUUAACAAAACCCAGCUCUUUCCCGACACUGAGCGCUUCGGACUAAGACAGGCAAUGGCCAUGGAAUAUUUGCUUCGUUCUCUACUUGCUGCGGUCAUGGUAUCUAUGUGUUGUGCACAUUGUGAAACGCAGAAAGGCGGAAGAAUCCUUCAGAAUGUUCAAAAACAUAAACUAAUAUUUGAACCCGGCUGCUGGAAGGGAAACACAUUUUACAAACUGAACAAUGAGUGGAGGGAAGAAAAAUGCAUGAAGUGCAGUUGCAGUGGAGACAACUUAAUAACGUGCUGUUUAGAUGUAGAAAAGCCAGUUUUCAAAGAUUCCGAGAACUGUGGCAUUGCUUUGAACCAUGAACAAUGUAAAUAUGACGUUAUACAGAAGGAUCCUAGAAAGAGCUGUGAAGUCGAUUACUAUCUCUAAGCACCUUUGUCCGGGAGGUGUAGAUUACAAUUACAGGCUCGCUGGCAUAUGUGUUUUCUGCUACUGUCAUAUACAAAUGUUCUUUCUUCACAUUAAAUAAAACUGUAUUACAAAAUAUCA